GCUCACCUCGCGCCAGCGGCGGGCCCGGCGCUGCGGUCUGGCGCCUGGGGCGUGCAGGAGCAUGCCUCUCCGGCGCCGCCCGUGGCCCAGGGCCAGCCCGAGCAGCGGGCGGGAGGCGCGCCGUGGCCGCAGCAGGCGCGCGGUCACACGAUGUCCCCGCCCGUGGGCCAGGGUUCGCAGUGGGAGCGCAUUCCGGACCUCAACACCCAGCUGGUCAGCGCCGUGAGGGAGAAGAACCUGGUCGCUGUGCGUCAGCUGGUAGUCCAGAAGGCCGACAUCAACAGCGUCGAGGGCCACCCCGCCCGGCGCACGCCCCUGCAGCACGCGCUUGAAGUGGGCGGCGACAUCGACACGGUGAACUUGCUCUUGCAGGCGAAGUCAGACCCGAACAUUGUCAUGGCGG